GUUCAAAAUUUAACGUAAUAGUGUUGUGUCCAAAAAUCUUGUAGUUUGUAGUUAUUAUGAGUAGAUUUAGAUAAUUAUCGUGUGUUUUUUUUCGUAUAUGCUACCGUUGGGGUAAUUGUCAGCUUCAAUGGCGUUCACUAUAGUGCUCUUAGCUCUUUCUUCUCUUGGAAUACUUACCACUCUUCUCUUAUUUUAUGGAUUGUACAGGGAUUCAAAAUACAUGUUGAUACCAUGGAUAUGUAAUAUAAUUGUUUUCAUAAUGGCGGAUUUUACAUACGUAAUCUACAGUUUAAUAGUCCAUGCUAUACAAUGGAAUCCACCAGCGGCAAUUAUAAUUACAUUAGAUUUCUUCCUUAACUCAUUACAUAUAUAUAGUCUUCUUUGUGUGACAUCUCAAUACCAAGAAUUAAAGGCAGGCCGAGGUAGAGCCUUGGAUGACCAAUUGUACAGGGUACCCAAUGUGCAUUAUAGUUCACAGCCAACCGCAACAAGUUAUUUAAGUUCAAGAAAGCAAGUGACGUAUUAUGAAACCAAACCUACGCCUACACAAAGUCCAACAGGGGCAGGACAUUCUCCCUCAAUGAUACCGGACAUUCUAUCACCGAAUAUAAACAGUGCCAGGCGGGGUUCCAGAAAAUCAGUCAAAUUUCCUGAUAGCAAUCUUACCCAACACAAUGGCUCUCAGUUGUUGGACCCCUGGUCCGUAGAAAUACGAUCACCAAUGAUGGUACCAAAAGGAACGGACAAAUCGCCUUUACUUGAUCCUAUCGUACCACCAGUGACGCAGCCGAGCCUCUAGUAUCCACUAAAAGUUUCAUAGAAGGAAGUUUUUAUCUAAUACUAAAAUUGGAAGAUAAUUUAUUUAAAUAAAUGUUUC